AUGAACGUUGUGAAGAGGAUUCCAGAGAAGGAAAUUCUUGGACAUAUACCCGGUGACUUCGAUUUAUCUAAGACAAAUGGCACGAUUCAUAAUUAUUCGGUCAACAGUAACGAUAUUUCUACAGCUAAGCUGACAUUUACUGAUGUCGAUAGUUUAUCAUCAACUGCCGAUCACAUCCCAAAUUCCAACCUUUCAAUGACAGAUUUGAAAGCAGACCGAUCAGAUGAAAGGAAAUUUGAUAUCCCAACAAAUACUACAACAUCUUCUCUAGGACGAUGUGUUAUGCCGCAAUCAACAGUAGAUAGUUUAGUUGGACACAUUCCAUCAUCCUAUCAUUAUCGGAUACCCACGUAUACAGAUCCAAAUACCGCUUCUCAACAAACGCCACCAUACAUGAUUCCAACUAUUUCGUCUGCUAUGAAAAUGAAGCAAAUAAUAAAACAGUGCACCCCUUCAGAAUCACUGCUGUGGACUUAUCGUCGACGACAUUCAAUUUCAGAAGGAUUACAUACGGCAGCUUCCUUUACGCCAUCAAGAAAUAGGGGAAGUUAUCAAUCGAGAUUGCGCUUAUGGCAGCAAGUGAUAUCGCAACCAUUACCAAAAAUAUGUCGCAAAGAACCUAAGGCGGAAUUACUCACCACAGGAUGCGACAUAGCAAAUGGAUUGAAUCAUCAAAAUUUGCGACGAACAUCAUCACAGCCAUUGUUGAGAGUCACUCGCCGUUCUUCACAUUGCGGCGGAUUGUAUCAUAACUAUUUAAAACAAUUAUAUUGGGAUCGAAUAACAUCAAAAUAUGACAAAAUAUCGCGGACUGAACAUUUCAUGAAGGAAGAUCAGCAGCGAACGGCAGAUUUAGCACCGAUGAAUGUCGAUGAAAAUGCACAGAAUGAAAUAUCGUCGGUGCAUCUAGGACAAGCUCAUUUGCAGUUGUCACCGAGAAAUUCAUAUCAAGAGAGAAAUUCUCGAUUUUAUCUUGGCAGAGAUUAUUUGCAACAACAAGAUCAGGUAGAUAAUGAUGCUUCAACACCUAGUCUUUGCACAGCUCAAGUCAAAACACCAUGUGGUUGGCAGAGAACAUUUUCGCGUGUACCAUGCAAGAUUUCACGUUUUGAUCGCUUUGCAUUUGUGGAGACUAUUUCUGUACAGGUAUGGAUAACCGAAGCACCGUUAAGCCAGUCGUCAUCAAAAACUGCCCGAUAUAACGUUUGGCAAUGGACUUCUUCUAAUUCACUUCAGAAAGUCUCUCGUUUGAAACGUUUCCGGAAAUCAGAAAUUAAGGAUACGAAAUCACAAUGUAUUUCUCAAUUGGAACAAUCUGCAGAGCAAUUUAUUUUAAGGGAAUCAAAAGGUUUGGAAACGAUUUGGAAACGAACAUUUUCCAAAUCAUUGCCGAAAAUUUCACGUAUUGACCGUUUUUCAGUUCCAGGCAAUUCAGUAGUGAAUAUUUGUCGAGGAAAUCUUCGUCCCGAACAGCUUGACGGAGAAGUUUCACUAGAUUUUCUGGCAACACAAUCAUCGCUAUCGAAUGCAUUAAAAUCUCCUGCCACUUCGCCAAAUCCACUGCAAAGAAGUUUAUUCUAUGAGCAAGCAAAACUAAUGCCUCUGCGAGAAGUUUCUAGCUCAUCUUUACAUACUGCUCAGUUACGAUCAUUGAAGACGUCUUUGAUUGAAAGUUUAUCUUCUGAAGAAUUGCCAGAGAAACAUUCGAACUUAACAAUUAAACCAUUGUGUAGAAACACCAGUUCAGAGUGUUUCGAGAAAAAUGUUGCAUUAUGUUUACGUGAGUCUGAAACACGAUCAUCAAAGGGAUCAAUACUGCCUGAUAUAAUAUUCUAUGACGGAUCGCUAUGGAGACGAUCUAAAUCAAUAUUGCAAAGAAUUUCUCGCUUUGAGCGUUUUCAGAAAAGAACAUUGUCGACUUCAAGUACCGCUUCAACAAAAUCAUUCGAAGCACUUCCCACAUCCAAAGCUUUGUUUUCUCGAGUAUCGGCAAAAAAACGAUCAAAAAUAUCAAAGCUGUUACGAAGAACUCGUUUUGAUCGUUUUCAAAAAAAUAUCCUAUCAAUCUUAAACACUGCUCGAACAAAUUCAUUGCUUGUAUCGACUCUUCCUGAUACUUCGUCUUUUGAACGAUCGUCGAGCGAAUCAAAAUCAAGUUGCAUUUUGCUUUCCAGAUAUUUACCAUCUCCAUGCAUUUGGAAUCGAUUAACAGCGGAACCAAUACAGAGAAAUUCUCGUAUCGAGCGCUUCCAAAAUUCUGCUUUAUUGGAUUUGCAUACCGCUCCAACCCGACCAUCAAGUUCAUCCUUGUUUUCUGAUAUUUCGCUAAUUCUAUCAAGUGAAGGGUGUUUGUGGGAGCAAACGAAAGCCAUGUCGUCAAAAAAGUUUCACCGUUAUUAUCCAAAUUUUGACGAAGUUACUAUGAACACAUCCGAUUCUUAUCAGAAAGAAAAAAUGCUGGAUAGAAAUUCUCGUUUCAAUCGUUUCCAGAAUAAUUUUUCGCCGAAUUCAUAUACGACACAGUCUACUUUUUCACAAAAUUUAUCAACCAAAAGAUUCUUGAAAAAGGAAACAGAACAAGGGAUACCUCGUAAAAUUUCACAUGAAAAACAUUUUAAAACUGAUUAUAUGGCUUCUGAAUUAAUGGCUCAAGUCAGCGGUGCAAAAUACUGCCCCUAUGAUAACCGUUCUCUCUGCAAUGGUUUUCCAAUGUACUCAUUGCUUAUUGCCCAACAACGGUCACCAGAACAAUCAUUGACCUGCUGCUCACUAGAUAAUAUAGAUUCAUGUAAGGAUAUAUACCUAACCGACAGUACUACAGAGAUCGUAGACUUUGACCGAAACAAGAAACUGGAGCGGGAAAUCAGUUAUGAGGAACAAUAUGAGAAUCGUGCUCCCACCAUUUUAAAUAUGUUUAACGGAAUUAGAAACGAAAGGAGUGAUGGAUUAUGGGACAGAACAGCAAUUCAGCAAACACAAGAGGUUUCACAUUUAAGUCGAACAGAAAGACAGCAUUUCGAUGGUGAGUAA